AUGGCGCUCAUGUUGCUUAUGCAGCGCUUAUACCGGGUAAGAGUCACUUCGCAAGUUCACACGGGCCUGGCACUCGCCGCGAGGAAAACAGGACUACGGCAACGGGCCGAAUUUCUCUUUUGUAAAAGUUGGACGAUUUAUAGCUUUUCAUUUGUUUCAAGGUCUCAUCCGAGCGAAAAUAUAGGACGCGGAGCCUCCCUUUCCCGCUCCGAGCGGAGCCGUGGGACAGGUAAGCUGGCAGCCCGAGUUGCGCCGCCGCCGACCCCACAUUGUGCACUCCGCGCGACUGUUGUUCGCAACUGCCUAAGCAAAGGCAACGGACCGUCACAAGGUCAUAAAGUUAGUUUUCUGGGAGGUCCCGUGUUUGCCGAUUCCUCUUCUUUUUUAGUAAUCUGUGCAGGGGUUGGUAGCCGCCAAAGACGCCUACAGGUGUGUGCAGCUCCGUUAAGAUGA